AUGUCUCUCUUCCGGACGCGGCUCAUUCAGCGACCAAUUGGUCUUGCCACAAGACAAUACUCAACACAAUCUCCGUCUCUUCCGUCGCGAUGGUUUACCGACGUCCGAGCUCAAUUGACCGAGCUGACUGCUGAGAAAUAUCCAAAAGAAUGUGUGCAAGAAGCCAAGAGGUUGUAUGAUUACUCAGAGAAGAAUUGGCUGGAGCUUUUGGCUGGACAGCAGGGAUUCCUUACGGAGAAGAAUUGGAGAGGAAUUGAUAAUCAUCCUUUGCUCUGGGGUGACAUGCAUGGACACGUGAAUAACGUCAUGUACAACAAAUAUGCCGAGACGGGCAGAGUACAGUUCACCCAUAAUCACGCCGAACACGCAACAGGUGAAGAAAAGCAGCAAUGGCUAGACCUGGUUACGCCCAAGAGCCUUGGUCUUAUUCUCAAAAGCAUCAAGACCGAAUACAAAUUCCCGCUAGAGUACCCAGACCGAAUCACAAUCGUCUACAAACUUCUCGAAGCACCGACACACAAAUCAACAUCCCUCAAAAAGGAAGCAUGGAUCUUGUCAGAGAAGUAUAAACGUCUUGCAGCGAAGUGUAUUGAGGAUACUGCUAUCUACGACUAUACCGUUGCCAAGAAGUCGGUACUGAAGCCAUUCAUGGUGGAGAAAUUUCAGCAGACUUUUAAGCUGCAGCAGGAUAGACAGAAGACGUACAGUGACGAUGCGAAUAAGUUGAUCAAAGCUGUUGAGGAGCUCAAGACGAAGUAUCAGUAG